AUGAGAGCAGUAAUUCAAAGAGUGACCAAGGCAAGCGUUACAGUUGACGAAAAAGUGGUUGGCUCCAUUCAGAAGGGCCUUUGUGUUCUUCUGGGUAUUGGCACGGAUGACACUGACAAGGACGUCGACUACAUGGUCAAUAAGAUCCUCAAUGUCAGAGUAUUUGAUGACAAUGGUAUCAUGUGGAAGAAGGGCGUCAAGGAUGCUGGCUUGGAGCUUUUAUGUGUGUCUCAAUUCACACUCCAGGGCUUGACCAUCAAAGGCAACAAACCUGAUUUCCAUAGAGCAAUGAAGGCAGAUUCAGCCAAAGCAAUGUACGAGCAAUUCCUCCAAAAGUUGGGCAAGUCUUACGAUCCUUCAAAAAUUCAAGAUGGUGAAUUUGGUGCAAUGAUGCUAGUCGACAUUGCAAAUGAUGGCCCUGUUACAUUGGAAUUAGACUCUCGCAAAUUUACAUAUGAUUCAACAGAGAAAUAG